AUGUGUACUUUGAGCUGUACCAGAAAUAUAAAUACAGUACUGAAAACUGCAACUGGGAGCAGAGAAAGACUCAUUACUCAAGGCAGAAUGUGGAUUUUAAUUCUCCUUGCUGGUCUGGAACUUUGUUGGGCUCAGUAUAACCCAAAUACUUUGCCUGGAAGGACAUCUAUUGUUCACCUCUUUGAAUGGCGCUGGAAUGACAUUGCUCUUGAAUGCGAACGUUACUUAGCACCUAAUGGAUUUGGUGGAGUUCAGAUCUCUCCUCCAAAUGAAAACCUUGUUAUUACAACACCAUGGAGACCAUGGUGGGAAAGAUACCAACCUGUCAGCUACAAGCUCUGUACACGAUCUGGAAAUGAGACUGAAUUUAAAGACAUGGUGAACAGAUGUAACAAUGUUGGAGUAUACAUUUAUGUGGAUGCUGUUGUCAACCAUAUGUGUGGAGCUGCUGCUGGAUCUGGCCACCAUUCUACAUGUGGAAGCUACUUUGAUUCACACAGGCGAGAUUUUCCUGCUGUACCGUACUCUGGAUGGGAUUUCAAUGAUGGGAAAUGCAGAACUGCCAGUGGAGAGAUAGAAAAUUACAAUGAUCUCUACCAGGUUCGGGACUGUCGCCUUGUUAGUCUUCUUGAUCUUGCACUAGAGAAGGAUUAUGUGCGUUCCAAAGUUGCAGAGUAUAUGAAUCACCUAAUUGACAUUGGUGUAGCAGGAUUUCGCAUUGAUGCUUCCAAGCACAUGUGGCCUGGGGAUAUGAAAGCCUUUUUAGACAAACUAAAAAAUCUCAACACGAAAUGGUUUGCUGAAGGGACAAGGCCAUUCAUCUUCCAAGAGGUAAUUGAUCUAGGUGGGGAGUCCAUUUCAUCCAGUGAGUACUUUGGAAACGGCCGAGUAACUGAGUUCAAAUAUGGUGCCAAACUAGGGACAGUCAUUCGCAAAUGGCAUGGAGAAAAGAUGACUUAUUUGAAGAACUGGGGUGAAGGUUGGGGUUUUAUGCCUUCUAAUAAAGCUGUUGUCUUUGUGGACAAUCAUGAUAACCAAAGAAGUCAUGGAGGUGGUGGAGCUUCUAUUUUGACCUUCUGGGAUUCCAGGCUCUAUAAAAUGGGAGUUGGCUUCAUGCUUGCGCAUCCUUACGGCUUUACAAGGAUCAUGUCAAGUUUCAGGUGGCCAAGAUAUUUUGAAAAUGGAGAGGAUAUUAAUUCCUGGGUUGGUCCCCCAAGUUAUGAAGAUGGAUCAAUUAAGUCUGUAACAAUUAAUCCAGACACAACCUGUGGCAAUGGCUGGAUCUGUGAACAUCGGUGGCGUCAAAUAAGGAAUAUGGUUAUUUUCCGCAAUGUUGUGGAUGGGCAACCGUUUACCAAUUGGUGGGACAACGACAGCAAUCAAGUGGCAUUCGGUCGUGGUAACCAAGGAUUUAUUGUCUUCAAUAAUGAUGACUGGAAUCUGAAUGCUACGUUGCAAACUGGCCUUCCUGAAGGAACUUACUGUGAUAUUAUAUCUGGACAGAAGGAGAAUAAUACCUGUACUGGAAUUAAAAUCCAGGUCCAUGGAGAUGGCACUGCUAAUUUUAACAUUAGCAAUUUUGCUGAGGAUCCGUUUGUUGCCAUUCACACCAAAGCUAAAUUAGAAUCUCAGUAAGAGAAAACAUAUUUCAGCAAUUUUUGUUUUCCAAAGUAAUGGACGUCUUCAAAAUCAUUUUUGUCCUCCAAUAGUUUUUUCCAUUUGCUUUACUGAGAAAAGGUCUUUGCUCUUUUUUUUGUCUGUGGGUUUUUGUUACAUUAGCCUGUUAAAUGUAUCUCAAAUAACUUCAGGUGGCCAAUCCUGAGAGAGAGCAUAAUAAUGCAUAAAAUGGUCACAACAUUUACUAUCCCAUCACAUGUUAAUCUUCAUCCCAUCAAUAGCUAGCUCUGACCUCUGCCAUAUGGUCUUUCUCUACAUAUCAGCGGUCCCCAACUUUUUUGGCUCUGCGGACCGGCAGCAGGAUGGGAGAGGAGAUGGUUUCCUGCAAGCGCCUGGGACCAAGGAUUGGGGAUCCUGCUAUACAUAAUAAUUCAUGACAGAAUAACCACUGUUUAGAAGUGGUUUCAGACAACCACCUUUUGGUAACAAUAGUGCAUGAAUUUAUCCUAGGUCUAGAUUCAUUUUUUUUUUCAGUUGAAUUGGUCUAUGUCUAGUUUAAUGAAAAGAAGGACUAGGGGGUGACAUGAUAGCAGUGUUACAAUGUCUCAGUGUUACAAUAUCUCAGGGGUUGCCACAAGGAAGAGGAAGUCAAGCUAUUCUCCUAAGCACCUUUAGGCAAGACAAGAAGCAAUGGUUGGAAAUUAAUCAAGGAGAGAAGCAAUCUAGAACUAAGAAGAUAUCUCCUGACAGUUAAAACAAUAACUGUUUUAUAAGUUAUAAGUGGAAGUUAUAAGUUAAUAAGUGGAACAAAUUGCCUCCAGAAGUUGUGAAUGUUCCAACACUGGAAGUUUUUAAGAAGACAUUGAACAACAAUUUGUCUGAAUUGGUAUAGGAUUUCCUGCCUGAGCAGGGAUUUAGACUAGAAGACCUCCAACGUUCAUUCUAUUCUAUUCUAUUCUAUUCUAUUCUAUUCUAUUCUAUUCCAUUCCAUUCCAUUCCAUUCCAUUCCAUUCCAUUCUAUUCCAUUCCAUUCCCACUCCACUCUACUCCACUCUACUGUUGUAUUCUGCCCUCACAACAAUGGAGUUCCAUGACAAGAGAAAGCUAGAUCUGGAGAGGCUGUCCUCCUAAAAUGAGUUUUCGUUAGUUCUUUGAGGUAGUCCAGGCAAGAAGCACAAUCAGGAGUAUUACCUUUAUUGUUACCUUAAGAUAAUCUUGCAAGAGUGAAAGUAUCCCCCCCCCCUUUCUUUUUACUUUAUAGAAAACUAGGGAGGGUUGUUCUGAAACAUUUCCCAUAUCCUCCCUCCUUUUGACGGCUGAGUUGUCCUUUACAUUCCGGUUGUCCAGUCUACAUUUCUCUCUCCUGUCUUGCAAGGUCAUUCCUACAUGCCAUUACAGUUUCCCACCAUCUUGCAUAGGGGAUAUCUAUAGAGAGAGGUAGCUUAAGCUGUAGGUGACGUUUGCAUUGAAUUGAAUCUGUUCUUCCUAUAUUUAACUGAUGGAGACCACAAAAGGUAGCUACGAUAGAUGUUGAAGAAGGUAAAUCCUAGCAAUGUUUUUUAGCAAGACAUUUUCCAGGAACAAAGUAGGAUUGCAUAGUAAAAGAGUAUGAACAUGCCUUAAGAAACCAAGCUCUUAAGUCUGAAGCUGGCUCAAUGCCAAGUGUAACAGGAUGUGAAAAUUAUUUGCCAUUCAGAAACAUAAGUAUUUCUGUAAUUAUUUUACUUAGAGUAAAACAGUGUUACAUACACCAUUAACAUAAAGUACUGGUGUAUAUACAUACACUCACAGCCACACACAUACAUAUCCUCACCAUUGCCAAAGAUACAUUUAAAAUGGUUGUAAAUAUUAGGAAGUAUUACAGAAUAACUUAACUUAAAGCUGUGUCUUGUCUUAUUUUGAAUUUGUAAUAUCCAGAAUCAGAUUAAAAAAAAAUUAUUGGCUUAUAAACCUUGACAAUAAAUCACUCACCAAAUGAGAACUUUCUGUCUUUUGUUUAAAUCCAUAUCCUUUGUUACUGUAUAAUAUUGCAAUACAAAGAAAAUAGAAAAAAAACCAAGGCAAUACAUAAAAAGAUUGCUACAUUUGAAUUAAACAAGAUAUAGGGGAAAAAGAAAGUAACUUUUUAAUGGUAUAUCUUACCUUGUCCUUGGUAUCCCCAACCACUAGGCGCUAGUAUCCCUAACCACUAGCCGCUGUUUACCGGUAAAUAUUGGACUUUGCAUCAAAUACUAAUUGUUGCCAGUUUCUAUUUGAAUCCUAAAAACAUAUUCCAGGGGUCCAAAUCUGCCUUAUAUUUUAUACAAGAGAGCCAUUUCUGCUUCAACAUAACUAAACUUUUUUUGUGGAUGUGUACAGUCAAUGUUCCUAUUAUGGCAUGUAUCCAAUUUUAGUCUCCCAGUCUGAUAUCAUAGCAAGGUAUCUAUUUUCCAAUAUUGUGCUAGGUAUAUUCUUGCUUCAAUCUUUGUAUAUUGCUUCUUGCUAAAUUUAAUAUUUUUCAUGUAUGGUGCCUAGAAUUAUGACCAAUAGAAAUACCUGUGGUUUCAAUUUAUAUUUUAUUUGUAGGGGGUUUUUUUAUUCUUUUUAUGUAUUUCUUUCCGAUACCUCUGCGUUUUUGCAUGUUCACUAUGUAUAGUAAGUAAGGGAAGCGGUGGCUCAGUGGCUAAGAUGCUGAGUUUGUCAAUUGAAAGGUUGGCAGUUCAGCGGUUUGAAUCCCUAGAGCUGUGUAACGGAGUGAGCUCCCGUUACUUGUCCCAGCUUCUGCCAACCUAGCAGUUCGAAAGCAUGUAAAAAAUGCAAGUAGAAAAAUAGGGACCACCUUUGGUGGGAAAGUAACAGCAUUCCAUAUGCCUUUGGUGUUUAGUCAUGCCAGCUACGUGACCACGGAGACGACUUCGGACAGUGCUGGCUCUUCGGCUUUGAAACAGAGAUGAGCAUCGCCCCCUAGAAUCGGGAAUGACUAGCACAUAUGUGCGAGGGGAACCUUUACCUUUUUAUGUAUAGUAAAAUGUUUUUUCUUUGUACAUUUUUAACAUUCGUCUGUUUUUAUCUAUCUCUGUAGAUAUCAUAAUUAAUAUGUCUUCUGUAGAACAUUUCUAGAGAAUAUAAAUCAAAUUGUGCCUUAGAAUAAGUUUUAUUGAUUUUUUCCCCCAUAGCUCUUCUCUUUGGUCCAUUGUAAUUACUUUUCUCAAAUUUUGCAUCCAUUUCAUCUUCAAAUUAUUUAAUUUGUUCUGUCUCUAUGUCAUAUUUCAGCAACAACAUAUGCAUCCAUCUUAAAUUCUUAAUAAUCUUAAUGAUCUUGGUUUUGUAUAAGAAUUUCAAAUGUUGUCAUCUUUCUCAAACACCCUCCUUUUUGAGAUUAUUUUUAUUUUAUGGUUAUUUAUAAAUGGAUUAACCAUGGUAAAUUAACUUUAUGUCCCAGUUGCUCUGAAACUUGAAAUAACAUCUUUAAUCCUUAUAUAUUUGACCAAACCAGGAGAUGAAAUGUAUUUCAAAGACCUGAAAAUUUAGCAGAAAGAGAGCAAAGAUUUGCCAUCUGAGCAACAGAAUAUAAGAUAAUGGACUUUUGUAUAAAGAGAGUAGAUUUCAAUUGAACAGUGGCUGAAAUCUCUUGUCCUGUAAUACUACGAAUCCCAAGAGACUUUGCAAAAAUGAUUUUGAACAAGGUGUGAGGAGUGUAUGUGAGUGAGAGACAAAAUGGAGAACGGAUAGAGUGUCA